UGAUCCGUAAUACGGUUAAGGUACGGAAUAUCAAGAAAAUAUCGCCGAAAUUAAACUUCCGGUUAAGCGUCCAUUGUACCGGAUUUAUGCCGCCAGAGAAUCGUUAAGAAAACGAAGUCAAAUAUCCGUUGCAAUCAUGAAAUUAGUGAGAUUUUUGAUGAAACUGAGUCAUGAAACAGUUACAAUAGAAUUAAAAAAUGGAACACAAGUACAUGGAACAAUAACAGGAGUUGAUGUCAGUAUGAACACACAUCUGAAAGCUGUCAAAAUGACAGUAAAAAACAAAGAUGCAGUGCAAUUAGACUCAUUAAGUAUUCGCGGAAACAAUAUUCGAUACUAUAUUCUCCCAGACAGUUUACCACUUGACACAUUGUUAAUUGAUGAUGCACCUAAAGGAAGAUUUAACAACAGAGGCAGAAGGGAUGACAGAGGAGGAAGAAAUCCAAACAACACAGUCCAGGUAUUGGAAAUGUGUAGCAUAGGAUUUCUGUAUAACAAUGUAAUUAAGUUGAAAAGAUUGUUUUGA